UUACAUCCUAGCUCAAACCUCCUGCAGGAUGAUACCGGAGAAAGGCGGUGGGCAGGGUUGGAGAGACCAUCGAACACACGACCACACGACCAGAUAGCCAUCAUUGAUGGAAAUUCAGAAAUAGCAUUUCCAGACAAAAUUUUCCACCUGCUUUUAUGUUACAUAAAAGAAAGUUGUAGAAAACAUGUGAAAUUUGAUGAUUUUGUAUGUGUUAGUGGAUUUUUGUCCUUUGAUAUUGAUGGCAAGACACAGAAUAGGUUUCUGUUGAAUGAAAUAAUUGAUAAAGCAAACAUCAAAGAAGGAAGUAGCAUAAGUCUUGGUACCACCAACUGGCAUCAUUUAAAAAAGUGUAACACUUCAAAAAAAGAAAACAAAGGUAACAGGAAAAAGACCAGUGGCUUUGAUUCACCAAAAAUAUUGCUGAAUGAAUCAUAUGAACAAAGUGGUCCUUUCAUCAUGAGGAACACCAGUCUUCAUGAAGCUAAACCAACAGACAUGCAAAAAAGUCUGAGUGGACCAGUUGCACAUCUACAAUUCACAAAUGGUCGUAACAAAAUGGUCAACAGAACAUUUACAAGGGACGAGAAAAAAAUCAUUAAAAAAGACCCUGAACCAAAGCGUACUUUUUCAAAUUCCACUGUUAAUCUUUCCAAAUGUAAGCCAUUUGAUGAAGGAUAUGCUCCCCAAAUCAGCGAAUCAAAAAACUGCCCAUCUAAUCUUAACAGUAAUUUGUUGACUAAUGGACUCAAUCAUAACUUAAGUAAAUUGUCUCAAAAGGAUUUCCAGAGUAUUAAUGACAAACCAACUUCUCAACCAGUUGUACUGAAAAGAAACAAAGGCAAGGAACGUGGGACAUAUGUGCAAGAUCCAACCAUUUCAACACAUUGGAGUCAGCCAUUUCAAGGUGACAAUUCUGUGAUACAGGACAAAGCAUUACCUAAUUCACCAAACCUUGAGUGGGCUCAUGUCUUACAAAAACCUUCAGUAAAGCGUGAUGACUCAGACAUCAGUAUCGGCUCCACGCGGCCUAAAUAUCUGGUCCAUCACAAUGGUGAGAUCUUGCUGCCAUGCCCAAAGCUUGCAGACCUAAUUAUUGAUGACAGUAUGGCUGAUCAUAUGAAUACACUCAAUAUCACAAGCUGCUGUAAUGAAGAGGUGACAGAAGAUAGAUACCAGUUGUUGAUGGAUUCUAUAAACUUGGAUGAUUUUGGUGUAAAAAAAGCUGCCACUUCAAGUCUUAAUUUAGGAGAUUAUGUCAAAGACAAUAGCAGUGCCUCAAGCAAUGAAACUCAUUACAGUGCAAGCAGUGUAGAAAUGGACCUGGACAUGAAUGGUCAUCAUACAAACAUUCUUGUUGAGAAAGUUGACAGCAAACCUUUUCUUGUUUGCAAGGGAAACAUUUCUGAAAGUCAACAUGUGAUAGAUUCUUUAUCCUUUCACAAGAAAAAGCAUCGAAGGUUUAAAUGGAUGAAACUCUUUAAAAAAGACUGUCAUCAAGUAAAUAGUAAAGAAGGAUAACUCUCCUUAGAUUUCAACAUCCAACUGUCCCCGCCAAUAAGUUACAUAAAAAAUCUCAAACAAAUGUGACAUCUUAGAAAUCAAAUAUAUUUUUAUAACAUAUCAAUUCAUUGAUGAAAUAAAUACUCAUGAAUUUUUUUUUAAAUUAUGUGUAUAAGAUUAAAUCCUUAAUAACAUUUUAUCUGUAGUGACCUAGAAAUCAAUAAAAAAUUAAUAGGCUUUACAGCACAUUGUGAAAUAAACAUCAAAUGUCUAGAUAAAGUGUGAACUUAGAAUAAUUUUUUUUUUGGUUUUCUGCUAUUUUGCUUUACCAAAUGGAUUGCAACUUAAUAAAGUGACAAGUAUGCAAAUCUCAGUUCUAAAUAUUAACACAUAUUUGAUGAUUAUAAAAGGAUUUAAUGAGCACCAAAAAGAAGCAACAAUAUUAAUUUAAUGAAAUUCUGCAGAACAAUUGGAUAAAAAGAUCAGUAAAAAUAAAACUAGAAGACUUUCAGGAUAGAAUGCUAAAACAAAGUAGUGUAAUACUACUGACUUGUUUCAAAGUGCUAUGAUCAGGGAUGUCAAUAAAAUACCCCAAAAAUGUCAUUUCUCUAAAAUAUAGUCUCUGUCAACCAAGUCUAGCACCUUAUAAUUUAAGAUGUCCAAAUUACCAAAUAAAAUAAAUAAAAAAAAUCAAUGAAAAAAAAAGAUGGAUGUGGCAUAAAAAUACAAAUGACAUUUUAUUUUACAUGUCACUUUAUAGGUGUAUGAUUUAUAAUGAAGAGAUUUGCACUUUAACGAAUGAAUAAAUGAACAAUAAGCUUUGUGAAGCAUGUAAUUCAAGUGUAAAAUAAAAUAAAAAAUUACCAUCAACCCUGUCUUUGAAGUACAAGCUUCCAGAUAGUCAGUCAUACUCACACAUUAAAUUACACAAAGACAUUUAUAUUAACAAACAAUGCAAACCAAUUUCUCAAUAAAAUUUUUAAAAUAUAUCCUUUUUGGAUUCAUGGGCUGAACAAAUAGAUUGUCCUGUUGAGGAUUAAUCGGCAGGAUAUGUACUCAAAUAUGAUGUGCUAAUCAAAACUGUAACAUUAAAUAAUGAAACAAUGUAUUGCAACUAUAUGAGACUUAGAAAUCUUUAAAAAAGAAAAAGA